AUGGAUACAGUUGGAGGAAAUUUGGCCAGAAGGACACUCUUGGAGCCAAAUUUCCAAGAUAUUUUGGCUGAUGCUGCAAAGUGUUUUAUGCACAGAGGAUACUACAGAUGCACUCACAAGGGUUGCCUAGCUGACAAAGAGGUGCAGAGAGAUGACGAGGAGCCUAGCCUUUACAAUAUCACCUAUCGUGGCCGUCACACUUGCAGACAAACCUCUAGUGCAACAAAUUCCUCCAUCAAUAAUGAGGCUGACUUAAUGACUCAAUCUAGGGUAGAUGAUGAUGAUCUAGUGGGAGGAUCUUUGGGGACCAAAAGCCAGCGAAGUGACGGUCGCAUAGUAGCUUCCCGUGUAACAAAUUCUACUCCAAGUUUCAGUGGAAAUCAGAGGGGCAAGUCAGCCUCCGAUUCAGAUCUAGAGUUUCUUCAAUGGGCUUAUCUAGACUUAAGUUUUGACACAGCACAACUAUCCAGUUUUGUGGAAUUUGAUGACGACUUCCUUGUCGACAACACCGAGUGUUGA